AUGUUGGCCCGAGUGCUUUGUCAUGAGCUGCUUCCAAACGACAUCAGUCACCUGAUUUCCAUGGAUUUGGGUGAUGUUUUGAUUUUGGAGGAUCUCUGGCAUCUCUGGGUCCUGCAGGAGGAGUCAUCGUCCACAUCUUUGCUCCAGGCGUCCCUUGCUGGGGCGCUGCAUCACGUGAACGCGGGGGUGGUGCUGUACCACACCGCGCGCAUGCGCGAGGCCAACUUUACCGAUCUCAGCCUGCAGGCGGCGCACGCGGCCUUUGAGCAGGGCAAGCAGCACGCGGCAUCGCUGGAGUGCCCCAGGGACCAGGCGAUAUUGAACCAGCUGCACGAGGACGGCACGGCAGUCAUCGGCUUUCUCCCGUGCCGCUGGUCCCUGUUCCCCGUGGUGGACUGGCACCCCGCCUUCCUUUCGCGCACGGAGACCCGCGCGCUGUGGCGCCCGGAGCUCUUCGAAAGGCUGAGGUACCCGGGGCUUCUUGCCGCGGAGCACGUGGAGUUCCAUUGCCCCGAGGCAGCGGAGCUCUUGGCAGCCUUUGCCUUCUUGCCCGGCUCGGAGAAGGGCCCCGGCAAGGCUCAGCAGCUGGCGGCGCUGGCGGAGGCGGCGGCGCGGCCCGGAGCGCGGCACGGCUGCGCCUGCGGGGAGAGAGGGCGAGCUUGGUGCACGUGGCCGGGGAUCUCAAGGCCUGGCCGGCCAUGCGGCGGUUCUUGGCGGCGAGGCCAGGCUUGGAGGAGGAGGAAGAGGGCCUUCCGAGCCCCAGCCGGCAGUGGUGGGGCGGAGCCGCGCGGAGCAGCCGGCUCAGGGAGCAGAGCCAGCAGCAGCUCUUCCUCAUGGCGAAGCAGCAGGGCCUGGACUACGUGA